AUGACUACUACAAGCCCUAUUGGACUUACAAAUAACGAAUUAACUGUUAAAUUAGUAAAUAGUGAUUAUAUUGUCAGUGAAUCAAUUACUGUGGAUACAUCAUCAUCUAUGGAUGUGGAUUCAAAUGGUACAACUCCAUGGGAUACAGGAUCUAUAUUACAUAAUCAAUCCAUUAUAAAUAAUGAUGAAAUAACAAUGAAAAGAAAUGAUUUAGAAUUGAUUACAUCAUAUUCAAUUGAUUCAACUAAUCUGAUUCCAAUUAGUAAUUCUACUAGUAAUAAUAAUAAUAGUAAUAAUAAUAAUAAUAAUAAUAAUAACCUUACAAAUACUACUUGCAAAAUGAAUACAUUAUCUUAUAUACCACCAGGAUUAAUAUCUAUUAUGAAUGAAUCCAAGUGUUUAACAGUAUGUGCUAUUGGACAUUUUUCAAUUGGUCAUACAUGGGGACCAUAUCUUAUUCAUAUUGGUUCAGAACUUAGACAAAAGCUUAUAGCUUAUUCAACAGAAAUUGAUCCUGAUUUCUUAGUUACAUUAACUGUAAAGAACAAAGAUUCCACUCAUGAAAAUGCAAAUAGUUUAACUGUUGGAGAAGAACAUACAUGGAUAAGAGUUAUACACGAGACUGGUCUUCGUUCUGAUAAGAAUGAACAUAAUUUAGAUAUUUUAGUUGAUCCUAUUUUGAAAACAAUUACAUUACAAACUAGAUCAGAUAUUAAUCCACAAGACUUCCUGAUAGGUGUGGUACGUAUUGUAUCAGACAGUCAGAAAGCAGAACAAACAUCAAUGUCGAGUGGUCAUAGUUCAACGUUGCAUAACAGCACAAAGUCAUCGACAUCAACUUCUAUCUUAACAUCAUCUUCAAAUAAUUUACCUUCUACUGGACCUAGGCGGGAUAAAAAGUGUACACAUUGUGGAAUAUCAUUUUCCAAUCUGGAUACUUUGAACGCACAUAUGACACAUUAUUGCUCUCGAAGACCAGGACUAAUUUCAUCGACUUCAGCUGGUGUUCAGCCAUCAGUGUCUGUAUCUGUAACACACUCUGACAAUUCAACAAAUAAAAGUACAAAUAACAAGUUCAACAAUCAACGACAAACUUCAUCUCAAUCUUUUGGAACUAAUGCAUUAGGUUCCAAUUUCCCUGUUAACUCAAGUUCCUCAGUAUCUACUGCCAAAUACAACACAAUAGCAGAAAAUAACUCCGAAUCGAAUCCAGUAAAUAUACAUGAAGAAAAUUUAUUUGAUUCAAUCCAAAUGAGUAAUUUAAUUAAUCCUACAUUUUUAAAUUUAUUUGGAGUCGGUGAUAAUACAUAUCUUUCUCAAAUGUUUCAAAAUCCUUUGGCUUACUUUAUGCUUCCGAUGAUAUCACGUCUUAUUCCACCAAUAAAUCUUGACACACAAGGGAAUGAAUCAAAUUUGAAUAUUCCUUUAUGCAAUCAAUCUGUUAAUCAUACCUUAUCUCCGACAGUUAUGAAACAACCAUCAUCAACAUCAGACAAAAUGACAAACAAUCAUUUAUCUGAUUUUACAACGAAAAUUGAUUCAUCAGAAACUCACCUAAGCACUACUCAGUUUAAUACAUCAAACAUUCAAAAUAAUAAGUCUCAUAAUUCAGAGCACCUAGCACCAAGAGUUCUUUUUUGUCCAAACUGUCAACAAUUAUAUACAUCCCAGUAUCUUUCUACAUUUCCACCUAAUUCAAACAAAUUAGAACCUUUUAUGAUAAAUUCCGGUGAAACAUCUUUGAUGAAUCAAAAUAUUGAAAGCGUAGACAAUAUGUUAAGUAGCAAUGAUAUGGUAUGGACUUUAUCACAACUUUCAUCUAUGGCUCAUCGAUUUGGACUAAUACUUGCUGCUCCGUUAGUAACGGCGAAUGGUUUGCAGUACAUUCCUGUUAAUUUAAACUCUAAACUUACAGAAAAGCAUAAUUCAGAAAAGUAUCAAAACAAUGAGAGCGUUAAUGGUUUUAAAAGUACUAAUACUACUACUACUACUACUACUACUAAUACUAAUACUACUAAUAACAACGAUUUCCAAACACUGAAUAAUAAAAGACAAUGCACUACACCAAUUUCAUCAUGUGAAUUUAUCAAUGAUUCAUUGAAUUCAUCAAAUAAUAGUAACAAUUCUUCAGUAACAUUAUCUCCUUCAGGUUAUCUAACUACUUCUACAAACUUCUUUGGUAAUAAACAACCUGAAUCAUCAUCAUCAUUACCUCGAUUAAAUACUUCAAACAUAUUAGAUUUAUCAGCGAAUCCAUCGAAUCCCCAAUUAUUAAACUCCUUUAAAUUGUACAAUACAAUAAAUGAAUUCAGAGAUAAUCAACAACAACAACAAAGUUACUGUCAAUCCCAAUUAUUUCCACAGAAGAAAAAAGAACAAUUUGAUAUGGUAAAAGAUUCUAGCUCUUCUUCUAAUGGAACUCUUAAUCCUCCGAAUAAUUCAUUACUCAAUGUCCCAUGUCAUACAGAAGAUAGUCGUAAUGAUUUUGUAUCUUUAUUAGAUAAUCAAACACCCAUCGAGAAUAAUAAUAAUGUGGAUAAAAAUUUACUUCAUGCAUUUUCUCAAAUGUUAUCACAAGCCAAUGGAUUAUCAACUAAUUCACAAACCAUACCAUUCUCAUUUAACGUCAAUCAACUUUUAUUUAUGCUAUAUGCUUCCUUAGCAACUAAUUCAAUGAGUAUUCAAUCAUCAUUUAAUUUAAAUACAUUGAUGACUGAACCUGUGUCAAGUAAUGUCACUAAUGUUAUUUCACCUGAUACAAUAUCCCAUUCAGUUAAUCCAUCUAAUUCAAAUAAUACCCUGAAUUCUGUUGCUAAGACGAUAACAGAUAACUGCGAUAAUGGUACUAACAAUACUACUUUUAUGAGUAGUAUUCAUAGUAAUAUGUAUAAAAAAUUUAUUUCUUUAUCUUCUAUACCAUUUUCUCCAAUAAGUAUUAAUCCUUUAAUUUCUUCAUCAUCUGAUCAAUUAAUAAAUACAUCAAGUAAUAAUAAUACAUUACAAAGCACAUUUCCUAUCAUGACAAAAUCGAUCUCCACUAUUCCUACAGGUGUAAUCAAUAAUAUACCAAUCAAUUCAAGUCAACAUUUCACUUCCACGUCUCCAUCUGUAAAUAAACCAAAUUCAACUGGUAUUACCGGUACCAGUGUUAAUGAUAGUAGUAAUAAUAAUAGUAGUUCAUCAGUUUUAAAUUUACUUCCAGCUCUUAAAUUGUUAGGAUCAAUAUUUCCUCAAUUUUCAACGAUAGAACAGAACCACCACCACCACCAACAACAACAACAUCAACAACAUGAACCUCAAAUACAACAGAUAAAUACUGAUUCAUGCUCUAGUUCAAAACAGAGCAAGUUAUCAACACGAGGAAUAAAUACAGAACAAUUGAUUAGUCCAGCCACAUCACCACAACCAACAGUUUUAAGGCCUUAUUUAUGCAAAUUUUGUCGGACUCGUUUCCAGGCAUUUAGUACUUUCCAGGCCCAUCAACAAUUCUACUGUCAAGGUCGAAAAGAAGUUAUGAAACAAUUACACACAUCCACUACAAAUUCAGUUACAUCACAUAUACCUACCUCCCCUGGUAAUCAUACUGUUUUAAAUUGCACUACAACAACCGGUUCACCAGCUAGUAAACGUCGCUGUACUACAACUGACAGUCUUUCAUCUACUGGUCAUAACCUAAAUCAUACUGGAAGUUCUUCAAACAAUCAGACAAAUUCGUCUACAUCUAGUAGUGGUGAUGAAGCUGAAAGUGUUAAAAGUAAUAGGUUAUCACCAUCAGGUUCAAAAUUGUCACCAAAUCGUAAUUUACAAAUCAAUCAAGAAGUUAAUACAGAUUGUGAAACAGAUCAAUCAAAUUCAACUCAUUGGGAACCUUGUGGAGCAACUGAACUACGUUGUUCUGCAUGUGGUUACGUUGGUCAAACCCCACGUGGCAUGAAAAUGCACAGAAAACUUCAUGAAUGUAAUGGUGUCACAUCAAAGAAUUCUAAAUCUACUUGUGAAAUCAAAACAGAAAAUGGUAUACUCCCUAAAAAUUUCGAUAUCAAUCAACAUAUUAGUAAUGAUCAUAAUUCAUCUAUAUUAAAUAAUCUAAAGAAAUUACAUAAAACAACGAAUGACACCAACAGUAACAGUAAUGUAUUCUUGGAUGAUUUUGUCAAAAAAGAACAAUUCUAA